GAUUUCACAGACUACAGAGUACCUUUGUUUAAUGUAAUUGCGACGAUUAUUGUUUGCGUUUUGCGAUUAAUUUUUGUAUUUCAUCAGCCAUCAAGUAAUAUCUUUCCUACAUAAAAUAAUAUUAUUACACAUUUGCAGUUUGAAUCAUAUUUAUGAAAUAAAAAACAGUGAGUCAUAGGUAACGGCCACGUCAGUUAACAAUAUAGCCGGUCUAAAUUGUAAUAGAUAACAUUUAUAUUUAGUUAAUUACAGGCAGCUAUUACGUUAAAAGAUUUAACUUUCAACAGCGGAACAGAAAGCGAAUUCCAAAACAUCAUGUCUGGAUAUCCUUAUGGAAACCCACAAUUUCCUCAGCAGCCAAAUGCAAUAUAUCCUCAAAUAUAUAAUCCUUCAUCUGCUCCACCCCCUGGUCCUCAAGGACAACCCAUGAUGCCAGGCUAUCCAUACCAGCCAGGAUUUGCAGUUUAUCCUGGUCAAGGAGUUGGACAGCAGGGACUGCCUCCAUCGGCUAUGUCAUAUCCAAAUGUUGCUCCAACUGCACCAGCUUAUGGCUACCCUGGCUUUCCAAAUGUUACGCCACAACAACCAUGGUCUGUUGUUGAAUGGAUACCUGCGACACCACAGUCUGCCCAUUCUCUAAGCAACAAAGCAGUAGUUGCUGGCUAUGAAGGGCAUGACCACAGUCCUCUUUGGGUUAUUCGGUCAAGAAUUCAGGGAGAUCUUGUUCCUGGCAAGCUUGCUAUUAAGCAUAGUGCUGCAUAUGUACCUUGGAACGGACAAGAAAAUCCUGUGCAGAACUUUGAGGUGUGCUGUGCUCCGGCAGACAAGGUCCGUUGGAUUGAGACUAGAGAUGGUAUAGUGCCACCUAACGCUAUAGCAUCUGGUAAUACAGCUGCUGGAGAGCCGCUGUAUGUCGGCAGGGCUAGGGAGCAAGGCUCACUUACUCCCGGAAAGGUCCACCCAAGCCACAAGGUGCUGUACAUAUCCUUUGGCGGCAAAGAAAUUGGUCACAAAGUCUAUGAAAUACUGUGUACAGUGUGAAAAUUUAUAUUUACUUUAAAUGUAACAAAAACCCUGAGGUUUGAAGAAAUUCUUUCCCAUAAAUAAUUCACAUGAAUUUUGAAUAAUAUAUUUUCU